GGAGAUCCGUCUCCGAGCAUAGUCAUCAUCGUUCCUCUAGAUCUUUCUCUGGGGUCAUCGAUAAAGAAGCAAUCGAGGUCCCUAACGUCUCCCCACGCCGUAUCUCAAGAGCAGAACGCAUCAUAGCCUCCAUCAUGCCGGGCGCUGGGGUCCACGGCUUCACGGGCAAGGCCCUCCUUUAUUUCACGAGCAUCUUCGUCUCAUUAGGUGUAUUCCUGUUCGGCUAUGACCAAGGAGUCAUGUCGGGUAUCAUCACGGGUCCGGAAUUCCGGGGUUAUUUCAAUCACCCGUCGAAAGCCGAAAUCGGUACGAUGGUUGCCAUUCUCGAGAUCGGUGCUCUCAUCUCGUCGUUAAUCGUCGGAAAAGUCGGAGACAUCAUAGGCCGACGAAGAACGAUUUUGUAUGGUUCAAUUAUCUUCUUCAUCGGCGGAGCCUUGCAGUCAUUUGCUGCCAAUAUGCCUAUGAUGAUGCUGGGCAGGAUCAUCGCAGGUCUAGGUGUUGGAUCCUUAUCCACCAUUGUUCCCGUCUACCAGUCCGAGAUCUCCCCUCCACACAACCGAGGUAAACUAGCCUGUAUCGAAUUUUCAGGUAAUAUUAUCGGUUACACGACAUCCGUCUGGGUCGAUUACUUUUGCGGGUUUAUCGAAAAUGAUUUGUCAUGGCGAGUUCCCCUUCUAAUGCAAUGUGUGAUGGGAGCUUUGUUAGGGUUGGGUAGUUUGGUCAUUGUUGAAUCCCCAAGAUGGUUGUUGGACAACGAUCACGAUGAAGAGGGCAUUGUCGUUAUUGCGAACCUAUACGGCGGUGGCGAUAUUCAUAACCCGAAAGCAAGAGAAGAGUAUCGCGAGAUCAAGAUGGACGUCCUACUCCAGCGUAUGGAAGGCGAAAGAUCUUAUUCUGAAAUGUUCCGACGCUACAAGACCCGAGUAUUCAUCGCCAUGUCUGCACAAGCGCUAGCACAGCUCAACGGAAUCAACGUCAUUUCAUACUAUGCUCCUUAUGUUUUCGAAUCAGCCGGUUGGAUUGGCCACGACGCUGUUAAAAUGACCGGUAUCAAUGGCAUAACAUAUCUGCUCUCAACUAUCCCACCUUGGUAUCUAGUCGAUCGUUGGGGUCGUCGAUUUAUCCUCCUAACAGGCGCCAUCGCAAUGGCAAUCUCUUUGUCCUGCGUAUCCUAUUUCAUCUACCUAGAUAUCCACUCUACACCAAUAUUGGUGGUCAUCUUUGUCAUGGUUUAUAACGCUGCGUUCGGUUACUCAUGGGGCCCAAUCCCUUGGCUUUACCCACCUGAGAUCCUGCCACUAAGCAUUCGAUCUAAAGGAGCAAGUCUCUCAACCGCUUCCAACUGGGCUUUCAACUGGCUUGUAGGAGAAAUGACUCCUAUUCUUCAGGAGUGGAUUCAAUGGCGACUAUAUCUGCUGCAUGCGUUCUUCUGUGUUGUUAGUUUUGUUGUUGGUAAUUUACUUCAUAUACCCCGAAACAUGCGGUGUGAGGUUGGAAGAUAUGGACUCGCUUUUCGGAGAUGCAAGCACUGCAAUGGGCACUCCUGGCAUAAGGUCAGAAACGGGCUCGCUAAUCAGAGCAGGAUCGCCGGUGCCGUCGCUCGAUCUCCGAGGACGACCCCUUGGUUCUGAGAACGUCCCUUCUAUGGAUGUCGAACCCCCUAUCCUUAGUAUCGUAGAUGGAAAGCCGCAAAUACGGUCUGAAAGCCAGAGUUCACGG